AUGCUCCAAAAACGUUUUCAUUGGCAGCCUGCUGGUGAGACACCCAAGGCUUGCUACAAUGCGUUUAUCACGCGGACAAUCUUCCCUCAUUAUUGUAGUCGGCUCCCUACCCAUGCCCAAGGGCUGAAGGGACGCGUCAAGGCCAAACAGCGGCGCCUCUUGCGCCUUAUCAUGGUCGGCUUGUACUUUGAGGCUUGGCGCGUUGGUGACUCGAUCCUAGAUGGCAAUAUCCCUUGUGGAAGUGAGAGAUCAAGGCACUACAAGGCUCAGAAGGUCAAUGCCAAGGCCUUCCGUAGACGUCAAAACCACAUCAACAACUUGAAUGAAGGCGGACUUGACAAGGUUCUCCCUUGGCAAGAAUUUAUGCCAUCACAAAACCCUCGCGACUGGUUUGCAAACUUAUUAAGAUUUUGUAUUGGGGCAACGCUCCUGACUCAACACCGAAUCACUCAAGAGGAGGUUGAACAGGGUUGCCAGUUGCUUGAACAGGUCGGCACGGUGUUCACUGAUAUGAACAUCAAUCUCACUCCAAGCUUCCACGCCAUCACACAUUUGCCCAACCACCUCUACAAGUAUGGAAGUGUUUACAAUACUUCUACCAACCGAUUUGAGCGUGCAAACCAAAUGCUUAUCAACGUCAACAAGAACGGGCACGGGGGCGGAGAAAUUGAAGCAACAAUGGCAAAGGGAUUUAUGCGUCGCGUCGAGUGUUACCGCUAUAUUAACAAACUACAAUCAAUUGAGGGGCCAACGGACGAUGAUAUAGCAACAACAAAACUUUUGUUACAAGGCAUGAGAGACGCCCCGGAACACAAAGUUCAGCGUGGCAGGCUUGAUGCAAUUCUGGCUGGAGACGCCCGAUUUCUUGAACAAGGUCUACACAACGUCCGCUUUUACGGAUAUGGCGCGCCGCCACCAGAAGGAAUUCAAGUUCAACUUCAUCCUAGCCGAUCUACUCUUGCCUACCCUCACUUCCGUUGGUACGGGGUCCGGUACGGCUCGGCAAACCAUACGCAAGGGUUUGGUUCACGCUAUGGUUAUAUUGAUGACCAAACACCUGUUACCAUUCAGGGUAUUUAUGAGUCAACAGUGACCGUUCUGGGCAAGCAGUACAAAUUUCUGGCUGUUAUGAUUCAGAAAUUUGUUGCUCCGGCAGAACCGCCUGCCUUCCCAUGGAACCAUUGGGAUCAUAUUCUUGGGAUUGGUGCAUGGGUGUACCAAGAACUCCAGCCAGUGGAAGCAGUGCCAGCAAGUGCAUUUACUGGCCUUUUUGCGCUUUCCGAUAUUGAGAUGUCAUACGGGCACUAUUGGCUUACAUUUUCAAUGAUAACACGUUCACACUCUGCACAAAAACCGCUCAUAAGUCCUGUCACAGGCACUCUAUUCCCCCACGCCGUUCCAAACAUUCCAUCCACACGCUCUGGCGUCCCCCAUCCAUACUCCCGUCCCCCCAGUCGAUCCUCUCAAUGUUCUGUGGCAACCCGCUCCCAACCACCCUCUCGCGGCCCAUCACCCCCUCCGCAACACUUGCCCGGAAUGGAACCGGAACCGUCCAUUACCACUCUCCUCGAGGCUAUCAACGCCCUUGCCAACCAAGUCGGGUCCUUGCAGGCCCAAAUCAAAUCACAGGACAAGCAAAUCACUCAGCUCGUUGCCAUAUGCAAGGAAACCAACGACCUCGUUGGUGACAAAGACCAGGGCAGAGCCCAAACCAAGCCUGGCCCAUCGACUGGGCCUGUCACCCCUCCAACCCACUCAGGGGGGGAAGCCCACACUCCAGGUACGGUUAGGCCUGGGCUCAAAGCCCCUUUCCGCCCCUCAAAGGGAACAGGAUUUGACUCGGAGGAAGACAAAGAACCAAGGGUCCCCAAAAAGGAGCCUCAAGGAACGCCUAGAAGGCACCUUGGGUCCCUUACCCCCUUCGAUGCUGGAUCCAGCGUGAAGAGACCCAAGAUGGACCUCCCCGACCCAUACAAGGGAGAUACCAGGGGACGCAAGGCCACUCAGGACCAAUUUGACGAGGAGGAGCAAAUGGUUGUAUGGAUCCUGUACCAUAUGACUGAUAAAGCCGCCGACUGGGCUCUCCCCAUCAUUGGGGCCAUCAUCAAGGGCGAAGGCAAUCCCCCCACCACCAUCCAGGCCUUAACGGCCAAGUUCAAAGAAGCAUUUGCCGACCCCAACGCCAAGCGAGCUGCCGCUAGAAAAAUUGCGGCUCUCUCCCAAACAACCACCACCUCCGAGUACGUCACGGAGUUCCGCAAUCUCAUGGCGGAAUUGGACUGGAACAAGGAGGCCUAUAUCGCGCAGUUCACGCGAGGCCUCCACUGGAAGGUCAAGGAACUGCUAUCAACCAAGGAUAGUAUUCCCGAUGAACUCGAGGCAAUUUUUGCGGCCUCUAUUAAGAUUGACAACAUUUGCCGCGAAAAUGAGGAGAACCGCCCCAAAAAGGCUCCUGCCAAAUCCCCGGUCACCGCAACCACCUCCAUUUCCACCACCACCACUAGGGUUUGCCUAUCCGAGGACCCCAACUACGUCACCCCGGAGGAAAGGGACCGCCGCCGCGCAUCAGGACUAUGUGUCAAAUGCAGUCAAAAAGGGCAUGGAAUCAAGCAGUGCCCCAAUGGUUGGAAGGCAACUCCCAAGGAAACGGCCAAGGUGGCCCAGGAUGAGUCGGAAAAAGAGUAG